CAUUCACUCGCCGUUUCAUUACCACAUGACAGAGGGUUGAGUGGCAGAAGUCGCAGAAGAACUGUGUUGUCCAAGUGUGAGCCGACAGGCUGGGGUCUUCCCGUGCCUUCACCCCCAGUAGGGAAGACUCGGCCCCCAGCGCAGGACUGAGCAGGCAGUGGCUCACUGCCCAUUCUGGGCAUCCUCUGGGGACUCCUACGCCUCAGAAACAUCUGACAGCGCCAAGAGUCUCAGGAAUCGAGAGAGGUCACAUGGUGCAAAGACAGCUCAGGAUCAAAGGCUAGAAGUCCUCGUUUCUGAUCCAGCCCCUGCCGCCACCUCCCCUGGGCCUCCGCUUCCUCACUUGUCUCACCGGCUGGCGGCGGACACCCUGGGCUGUGGUUUCCAGGAGCUCCUCCUGCCCUGGCCGGCGAUCUGAGGACAGGGAGCAAGGGGAUCGCAGGAGCAGUGGUGGCACCGCUUCCAGCCCCAUGGACCUACCUCCGCAGCUCUCCUUCGCCUUCUACGUGGCCGCCUUUGCCCUGGGCUUCCCGCUCAACGUGCUGGCUAUCCGAGGCGCAGCGGCGCAUGCGCGUCUCCAUCUCACCCCCAGCUUGGUCUACACCCUCCACCUGGGCUGCUCUGAUCUCCUACUGGCCAUCUCUCUGCCCCUGAAGGCGGUGGAGGCCCUGGCCUGGGGGGUCUGGCCUCUCCCGGCUGCGCUCUGCCCAGUCUUUGCCUUGGUCCACUUCGCCCCACUCUACGCAGGUGGUGGCUUCCUGGCUGCUCUGAGUGCAGGUCGCUACCUGGGGGCCGCCUUCCCCCUGGGCUACCAAGCCCUCCGGAGGCCGCGCUAUUCCUGGGGGGUGUGUGUGGCCAUCUGGGUCCUGGUCCUCUGUCACCUGGGGCUGGUUCUGGUAUUAGAGGCUCCGGGAGGUUGGCUGCAGAAUAGCACCUCCUCCCUGGGUAUCAACACACCAGUUAAUGGCUCCCCUGUCUGCCUGGAGGCCUGGGACCCCAGUUCUGCUGGUCCUGCCCGCCUCAGUUUCUCUCUGCUGCUCUUCUUUGUGCCCUUGAUCAUCACGGCUUUCUGCUAUGUGGGCUGCCUCCGGGCACUGGCCCACUCAGGCCUGAGCCACAGGCGGAAGCUAAGGGCAGCCUGGGUGGCUGGUGGGGCCCUGCUCACAUUGCUUCUGUGCCUGGGACCCUACAAUGUCUCCAAUGUGGCUGGCUUCCUGCAGCCCAGCCUCGGAGGCACCUGGAGGAAGUUGGGGCUCAUCACAGGUGCCUGGAGUGUGGUACUCAAUCCACUGGUGACGGGCUACUUGGGAACGGGUCCUGGCCGGGGGACGGUAUGUGCCACAAGAUUGCAAGGAGGACCAUCCCAGAAGUAG